UGAAUAUCCCACCUUCAACCAUGACCACCCAGGGCAAGCGAGUCGUCUUCACAGGCGGUAGCGGCAAGGCUGGACGUCAUGCCAUUCCCGAACUAUUGAAGCAAGGCCACAAGGUCCUCAAUCUGGACUUAGUCGAGUUUCCCGAUCCCAGUGCGGGCGUAUACACCCUCAAGACAGACCUUACCGAUGGCGGCCAGGUCUUCACUGCCCUCACCACGCACUUCGACCCCGCUGGCUAUGAGCAAGGUUAUCCGGAACCCCCACCAGACGUGGUCAUCCAUUUCGCCGCCUAUGCCCGCAACAUGCUCGUUCCAGACAACGAAUGCUUCAAGGCCAACGUGAUGAGCACAUACAACGUCAUCGAAGCGGCCUGCAAACUGGGAGUCAAGAAGAUCAUCAUCGCGAGUUCCGAGACUACCUAUGGCGUCUGCUUUGCCGAGGGAGACUACGACUACCACUCCUUCCCUCUCGAAGAAGACUACGACGUCGACCCCAUGGACUCGUACGCCUUGUCCAAGAUAUGUGGCGAAAAGACCGCUCGCACGUUCGCCCGCAGAUACGGCGUCGACAUCUACGCGUUGCGAAUCGGGAACGUCAUCGAGCCGCACGAGUAUGAGAGAGACUUCCCAACUCACGUGAACAAGCCCGAAACGCGAAAACGCAACGCCUGGAGCUACAUUGAUGCUCGCGACCUGGGCCAAAUCUGCAGUCGCUGUAUUGACAAGUCUGGCCUUGGGUUUCAGGUGUUCAAUGCGACGAACUCGACCAUCACGACCAAGGUCCCCACCGAGCAAUUUUUGAAGGAAACGUGUCCCAAUGUGAAGAUUACGAGGAAGAUGGGCGAGUGGGAAGCUCCAUUGAGCAACAGGAAGAUAAUUGAGGUCUUGGGAUUCGAGGAUGUGCAUGACUGGAGAAAGUACUAUAAGCCUUCUUAGAGAAGAAGUCGUGUGUGGCAAGGGUCUUGCCCAACCAGCCCUUAGCUAAGGUGCUGCUACCAUCGACUACAUAGUAAUCAAUGCAUGAAGUCAGCGUGUAUAUGGUCUGCUUCCAUAUUGUCUUCCGACCUGAGGUCACGCUCGCACACAAGAUGUACGUGAUCACAGGAUGGGAAAGUGUUCUGGAGGCGAUGAUAAUGAUUUCCAAGUCCUCAUGGUCCAGCUAUAGCUAUAGAGAAGGACGUGCCUUAUGAAUCGUGCCGAGUCACAUGAUCCUAGCUCCUUGAUUUAUAGUCGGACAGUCUGGAAGAGAUUUGGUGCCACUGCAGGACAUGCAUGCAUCUAGAUCUCCAAGUGCGCCUCAGGCGUCCGAGAGCAUCUCGAGAGCUUUCCAGGCAGAACAGGCGGUAAAUCAGACUCUAGCGAGGAUUCCGAGGUGCAAAUGCUGAACAAGAUCCAGGUCCGGUUUUCUGCUGGCAUACUCGACGGGCUGGUAAAGCUGGAGUAAUAGGCAUGGGCAUCGCGCCCACAUCGUCGUUAUUGGGUACUCGAGAGUCAAGCAAAGUAGCCCAUUCGCGCCAAUCAUAAUAUCGCAUCAGCAGCACGUAAACCCCCAACAGCAUUGGGCCAUUCCUAGGUAGGUAGGUAGUCUCUCUCCACAGUGUCUCUGUCGCGCUUUCACCCAUCAUCCUCCAUCUCUGAGUCUUCGUCGGCCACGGAAGCGGGUUCUGCUGCGAGCGCACUGAGCGCUUCAGCCUUCUUCGCCUUUGCCUUUCCCUUCUUCUUGAGUUUCUUCUCCCGAUUACGGCGAACUCGCUUCUCUCGCUCCCGCAACUCCUUCGCCUCGGCAACUUCUCGUAACGCUUUCGCUGCUGCGGCCUUCUGCCGCUCAGCGAUACGAGCUUUCUUGCCCAGACGCGUACGUUUGGUCGCAUGGCGGCUGUCUUUGACAAGCUUGGCAAAGAGAGCAUCGGAGGCUUUCAACCGGAGUCGCUGCUGUCUCGUGGCUGGUAUGUGCAGGACUUUCCAGGGAUAGGCCAGACCUGGGCAAUAUGAUGUUGACCGCGCGAGGACAUCUUCACCGGAGAGGGCGGCAGCUUCGAAGUUUUGCUGUUGCUCGGGUCCGGGCGCGCUGGUGAAAUAGUAUCUGCUGUCACGGUCCGGUCUCAGCAAUCCUGGCUCCGCAUCUGUGAGGUCGGGAGAGUCCAGUCGAACUUUGGCUAUGACGGGCGAGGUCGCAGUUUUUCCUGAAGGUGGUGCGAAGAGCUGGAAAGCGAAUCCGUCUUCGCCACUGACUUCGAUUUGGUCAUUGAUCGCAUCGGGUAGCUCUUCAUGGUGGACGAAAUCGAAUUCUUGUACGUGCUUGAUUUGCGCCGCGGGGUCCGGGGAGGAUGGACACGGGGAUGUCGUGGCCAGUAAUUCGCUCCUGCUGAUGAUACGUUCCAUUGAGCCUUCU